CAGCAGCAGUCUAGUCUUUACUUGUCGCCGAGUUGCCAUCCAGCGUUCUGUGCGCUCAGGAUUAUGCGCGCAGCGGAGAAUGGCGGACAGCAGCGCGCUUGACGAGCUGCAGUCGGAGCUCACCUGCCCGGUGUGUCUGGAGCUGUUCCACGACCCGGUGAUCCUGGAAUGCGGACACCACUUCUGCCAGGUGUGCAUCAUCCAGUGCUGGGAGGCCAAGGCGGACGAGCUGUCGAGCUGUCCCAAGUGCAGAAAGUCGUGCGGGCGCAAGCUGCGCCCCAACUCGCUCCUGUGCAACGUGGUGGACAGCGUGCGCAAAGCCCGGGCCAUGGACGCGGCCGCGGGCACGUCCGGAUGGGACCACGAAGGCGCGCUGGAGAUGCCCGAGGAGCGCGAGCCCGGGUCCAGCAUGAGCAGCGUGGCCUCGUCCAUCGGGCACUGGCCGCACCUGGGUGUGGACAUGUGUGAGGAACACGAGGAGAAGCUGAAGCUCUACUGCGAGGACGACCAGCUCCCCAUCUGCCUGGUGUGCGGGAUGUCCCGCGACCACAAGACGCACAAUGUCAUCCCGAUCACCGAGGCGUUCGACAUCUACAAGGAUAAACUCUCUGUGGCACUGGAGAGAGUUCAGUCGCAGUCGGAGGAGGCCACGGUCUUCCAGAAAGAUACCAACGACAAGAUCCACCUCAUCAAGGAACGGGCUGGCGACCUCGAGGAGCUGGUCACUGCGGAGUUCGACCGUCUGAGGGAAUUUCUUCUGGAGGAGGAGCAGCGCAUAAAGGAGAAACUGCAGAGGCAGAAAGAGGAGAAACUCCACCAGCUGGAGGAGGCGCUGACUCAGGCCACAGAGCAAAUCAGUCAGCUGGAAAACACGGCCGGCCAACUGCGGAUCAAACUCCGGGAGGAAGAAAACCCAGAGCAGCUCAAGGGAAUCAAAGAUUUCAUUGGAGGUGCGGAGGGCUUGUUUGAGCGUCCCGCUGACGUCAGUGCGGACCUGCAGUCCGCAGAGUAUCUGGGGCCGCUGCAGUACCGGACCUGGAGGAAAAUGAGCUCCAUUUUUCAGCCAGCAGUCACAGCGGUGACCCUUGACCCCAACACGGCCUACCCCUGCCUGUGGGUUUCUCCCUGCGGCAGCAGCGUCAAGGUGGGAAGGAUACAAACAAACCUGCCCAACAACCCGGAGCGCUUCACGCUCUACAACAUCGUCCUGGGCUCGGAGGCGUUCUCCUCAGGCAGACACUACUGGGAGGUGGAGGUGGGCUCCAAGACGGCGUGGGGCCUGGGCGUGGCGCGGGCCUCCGUCAACAGGAAGGAGGAGAUCAGCCUCUGCCCGGAUGACGGCUUCUGGACCCUGGUGCUGAGGGACAACGGCAACGGUACGAGCGAUUACGAAGCCUGCACCGACGCAGAGGAGUGCUUAUUACAUCCACCCAAACCGCCCAGGAGGGUGGGCAUCUAUCUUGACUACGGGAGGGGCGAGGUGGCGUUCUAUGACGCCGGGGACAUGAGUCACCUCUUCACCUUCUACGAUGCGAAAUUCGAAGAGCCAGUUUUCCCCUACUUCAACCCCUGGCCGAUCAUCAACGGGGCCAAUCGAGAGCCGCUCGCCAUCGUGAAGCCGCACUGGGGGUAAAACGUUCGCCUUGAACUGACAGAAAAAAACACAUGGACGCAAUUCAGCAGCUAAUGACCUCUGAUGGAGUCAUAUCCAGAACAUUGCUGCAUCUUCUGCACACGGCUGUCUGAUGAUUAACAUGCAGCUUGAUCUGCUCAAACAGAAGAGAGAAAAAUAAUAACAAACCCCACGAAAAGGCCAAAAACACUCCAUGAACUCAUCCUACUAACAAAUAUGUAUGUCCAACGUUUGAGCAAGUAGUUUACAGAGCGGCAUUAACGUUGUGAACACGUUGAUCACCAUCAUGGCUGCCAUCAUCCAUGAUGGUGAACACACUCUGAUACACUGCUCUGUUAUUCAGAGUCAGCGACACAGAUGCUCUCCUGCUGCUGUGAAUCUUCACCGGAGCCAUGUUUCUCAGAACGGGGUAUUAAUACUGAAAGAAGCACUUUGGGGCGGUGCAGGGAGUAUGUGACUGUUUUUUUUUUAUUAUUAUUAUUACUUGUUUAAAUUGAUCAGACAUUGAUUAUCCCCAAAUUGAUUGUAUUUGAUUCAUUUAGUUUAAUUUGAAGUUAAAUUCUUCUAUUUCCAAUGAAACUGAGACCCAUCUAAAUAAGACAAACAAAAAACUUGUAAUUUACAAUCAAAUCACCAAGUUAUUAUUACUGAGGACAGAUGUUUUCUGCAAUUAGUUUAAUAAUUGCUUUUGGUCAUUUGUAUUACUAAACUUUUGUAUUUCUUGUAUUUUAAAGUCACAUGUUUCUUUGAUCAGUCAAACACAAUAUGCUCUUUUGUGUCCUGCGAUGUAAGAUUUUAAAUUUGAAGAAAAGUUCUUUGAAUACCUUGACAAGCAUUACACAAGCACAAAAAUUAAACUAUCGUUGGUCACCGGAGGUAGCGAA